CGUUGCCGGAGCUAGCUCUUCUCGCGGGCGGAGGAAGGGAGGCCGGGCGGGGCGCCGACGGUAGCCAUGUCGCAGACGAACUGGGAGGCCGAUAAGAUGCUAGAUGUUUACAUAUACGACUAUUUUAUGAAGAGAAAUUUGCAGGCAACUGCAAAGGCCUUCCAAGCAGAAGGGAAGGUCUCUUCAGAUCCAGUUGCAAUUGAUGCACCCGGUGGGUUUCUUUUCGAGUGGUGGUCAGUCUUUUGGGAUAUAUUCAUAGCAAGAACAAAUGAGAAGCAUUCAGAUGUUGCGGCUUCAUAUAUUGAGACUCAACUAAUGAAAGCACGGGAGCAACAGCAGCAGCAGCUGCCUCAACAGCAGCGGCAGCAGCAGCAGCAGCAACCACAGCAGAUGCAAAUGCAACAAAUGUUGUUACAAAGGGCCGCACAGCAACAGCAGCAGCAGCAGCAGCAGCAGCAGCAACAUCAGCAGCAGCAACAACAUCAGCAGCAGCAGCAGCAACAACAGCAACAGCUCCACCAGCAGCAACAGCAGCAACAACAACAGCAGCAACGUAGAGAGAGUUCUCAUCUUCUUAAUGGUGCUUCAAGCGGACUUUCUGCAAACAAUCCUUUAAUGCGACAAAAUAGCACUGCAAAUGUUAUGGCGACAAAAAUGUAUGAGGAGACGUUAAAGUUGCCUUCACGGAGAGACUCUUUGGAAGAGGCAUCAAUGAAGCAAAGAUAUGGAGAAAAUGCUGGACAACUACUUGAUUCAAAUGAAACAUCGCUGCUGAAAGCAGCUGCAAGUGGACAAUCUCCAGGGCAAAUUUUGCAUGGUUCUAUUGGUGGUUUGUCGGGCACUAUGCAACAAAUUCAGGCCAGAAGUCCCCAACUUCCUGGACAUGCUCAGCAGAGUAUGAAGACAGAUAUGAAUUCUAUUUUGACACCUAGAGUUGCAGGCUCUGAGGGGUCAUUUAUGGGUUUACAAGGAUCGAAUCAAGUUGGAAAUAAUUUGACUUUGAAAGGAUGGCCACUCACGCCAGGACUUGAGCAACUUCGGUCUGGAAUUUUACAGCAGAAAACCUUCGCGCAGAAUCAACAUCAAUUGCAACAACAGAUCCAGUUUCUGACUCCACAACAACAGCAGCAGCUUGCGUUGCAGGCGCAGCAAAAUAUGACUUCUCCAACAUCCAGUGAUGUUGACAACAGAAGAUUGAGGAUGAUGUUCAACAACAGAAAUGUAGUUCUUGGGAGGGAUGGGCAGACAACAAGUGGUGGUGAUAUCAUUCCAAAUAUUGGCUCUCCUAGUCAAAGUGGUGGCGAUAUAGACAUGCUAAUAAAGAAGAAAAUUGCUAAUGCACACCACCAGCAGCAACAGCAACAACUACUACAACAGCAAAGCAAUAGCCAACAUCAGCAACAUCAAGCUGUCUCCAGUCAGCAGUCUCAAAGCUCGAACCAGCUUCUCCAACAAGAAAAGCCAGGAACUGGAAAUAUGCCUGUUGAUGGGGGCAUUCCAAAUUCUUUCGGGGGCACUGAUCAAACAACGAAGAAAAGAAAGAAGCCUGGCUCUUCCUCGGGUAGAGCUAAUAGUUCAGGAACCGCAAAUACUGGUGGCCCGUCUCCAGGUUCUGCACCCUCAACACCUUCCACUCAUACACCAGGAGACCCGAUGCCAGUACCACAACUUCAGCAGAACGGUGUUUCGGCAAAACCCUUGGUAAUGUUUGGCUCUGAUGGCACCGGAAGCUUGACAUCUACCGCAAACCCGCUGGGUGAUGUGGACCGUUUGCUGGAAGAAGGCUUAGAUGAAAAUGUUGAAUCUUUUCUGUCACAGGAUGACAUGGAUCCCAGGGAUUCCUUAGGACGCUGCAUGGAUGCCAGUAAAGGGUUUGGCUUCUCCGAGGUUGCAAAAGCACGUGCAAGUGCACAUAAAGUUGUUUGUUGCCACUUCUCAUCCGACGGUAAAUUGCUUGCUACUGGAGGUCAUGAUAAAAAGGUUGUUUUAUGGUGUACAGAUUCCCUGAAGCCUAAAUCUUCGUUAGAAGAGCAUUCCUUUUUGAUAACUGAUGUUCGAUUUAGCCCAAGCAUGUCCCGCCUUGCUACAUCUUCCUUCGACAAAACCGUACGGGUUUGGGAUGCCGACAAUACUGACUAUUCACUCCGUACUUUCACGGGUCAUUCAGCAUCUGUUAUGUCACUUGAUUUUCAUCCGAAUAAAGAGGAUAUUAUUUGCUCUUGCGAUAGUGAUGGGGAAGUCCGCAGUUGGAGCAUAAAUAAUGGUAGUUGCCUGACCUGUGUUAAGGUCUUUAAGGUAUGGGUUCUAAUUUUCAUUUGCCGGUCUUUUCCUCGAACAAUUAAUUUCUGGUGGUUGCUUUUGUUUCCUAUUAUUAUAUUGUUAUCUUCACAGGGAGGUGCUACUCAAAUGAGAUUUCAACCUCGCAAGGGAAAAUAUCUAGCAGCUGCAUCAGAGAAGGCUAUCUACAUACUGGACGGGGAGACACAGCAUGCUUGUAGAAGCCCUUUACAGGGUCACAUGAAGAAUAUUCAAUCAGUUUGUUGGGACUCAGCCGGUGACUAUCUCGCUUCUGUCAGUGAAGAUGCUGUCAGAAUAUGGUCGUUUACUUCUGGACAUGACGGUGAAUUUAUGCACGAGCUGAACUGCAGUGGGAACAAGUUCCAAACAUGUGUUUUCCACCCAACUUACCCUUCUUUGCUCGUCAUCGGUUGUUACGAGUCCUUGGAGCUUUGGGACAUCAGAGAGAAGAACGCCAUGACUUUAAACAAUGCACAUGAUGGUUUAAUUGCAGCCCUAGCAGCAUCAAGUGCAACCGGGAAGGUUGCCUCAGUAAGUCAUGACAGGUUUGUCAAGCUGUGGAAAUGAGAUGUAAAAUAGCGACCGGCUUCUGUGUUGAAGAAUUUUACAUUUCGUUGUUUAGAUUAUAGAGAACAGGAUGGUUUUCUGCUUUAGACAAGUGCAUGACAAAAAGGUGGCUAACAAGCAGCAGUUCGUGAACUAACCUGGUUUGCGUUUUGUGGUCGUCUUAGUUGUAUGCUGUUCUCCUUGUUAAGUUUGUAACUCCUUAUAGAAAUGGUUGUUGCCUGCUUUAACAAUAAAGAUGCCAUGUUUGCGCUGAUAAAAAGUUAUGGAAGCAGUUUUCUCAUA